AUGGAUCUAAUCAGCCUUGCAAGAGCAUCAUUUGAGUUAACGCAGUUAGUCAAACGACUAUCCAGGACCUACGAUGAGUUAGAAUCCAGAAUAGAUCUCAUGGAUGCUGUGUCAAAGCAGGCCUUGAUCAUUUCUAGGAUUUCAAAGUCCAGAGUGCCGGACGAAAUGCAGUACUCAUGUGCAAUAAUUGAAAAUAAGUGCACUACGAUUUCGAGCGAAUUACAGGAAUGGAAAGGCUACUUCAAAGUCGAAGGAAAGAACAAAAAGCCUUCGAGCUUCAAGGGUUCGUACCUCAAGAUCAAGGCACAGACUCGGCUUCCGGAGCUAGCAGAAGAUCUAAAUGACAUGGCCUUGCAUGCAAACAACUUGCUCCUCAUGGUAAACAUGGAAUCAAUGGCCUUCAUGGCGUCCUCCAGAGAAGAUUCCAAUAAAAAGGUGGACAAUGUCUUCGAGAUUGUUUCCCGUCCACCCAUGGAUCUCGGUCUUCCACGUGAACCUGGAAAAUAUGUCACUAUCGAUGAUGGACUGAAUCCAAUUUUCCAACUACCGCCCAGUUUGUGCAAAACGCCUAAGCGACUUCAACGCACACUAGCUAUCAUAUUUGAAAAAAUGCCCGGCUUAGCACAGAUUGAGCGAGGACAUUUCAUAGCAUACCAUUGGAAUACAAACCGCCUAAUUUGCGCAAGUGAAUGGCCGGCAAUUAUCAAAGAAGGAUACGGUAUCAGAAUUGCCUUCGUGAUGGGAACGUGGCUUGGCCAAAGCCGAAAUAAAUGUAUUCGGUGUCUAAAGCCCAUGAACGCGAGGCCAAGAAUCACAAAAGGAGAGCUGAGAAACUGCAAGUCCUGUAAUCUUCAGUUUUCCAGAUUCGAGCCCUUGGACUUCCAUUACAAGCCGCAAGACGUCAGCUUCGACUUCGGAGGUUACCAUAGGUACAAACAGGAAUCCUAUCGCAAGUCUUCGAUAUCGCCUUCUCCUACAUUAGCUGUCGGCGAUGCCUCUCCAAAAGCCCGGGACCUGAAACGCAACAUCGCCAGUACUGAGCCAACUCCUAUUGAUCUUGUCUGUCGACGACUCGUUAUCAAAUGGGACCCUAUUUUCAACAUAAGUUACAGGUAUCUAUUCUGUCGCUGCAUUGCGUGGGCGAGCACCCCAUCACAACUGGUGCCUGAAAUGACGGUCCCUCUCGCGGCCUCUUGCCCGAGACACAAUAACAAGGGCAUCUCUUUCCCGGACUAUGGGAACCUCGAUUACAGCGAUGAUCACUAUUUUGAUAAGUUUGGAGGUUACGGACUUUUCCGCCUUCAGGUUUUACAAUUAUUUCCAUACCUCUACCAUAUAUUGGGAGGUCAAGCAUUCAUGAGUGACUCUGAUAAAGCGACUUUCAUGGAAAAGAUUGACAACGUCUCCGAUGAAACAUUGGCUGCAAUUCGUCCAGCACUCAUAGAGUAUCACUUUGAGCGCUUUGAUAGACUCGAAUUGGUUGGGACUACGUUUCCAAGUAACGUAACACAGUGGCUUGCAGAGCAGAGGUUAGAAAGAGGAAAGAAAAUGAAAACGCAGAUUCGGUAA